AUGUCUGAAUCUGGCCAACGUAAGGUCCCACCGGACCAUCCGCUUGCCGAUGAUCGAAGUAUUGAACGGAAAAAAAAGAAGGUGGAGGAGGUCCCACAAGCCAUAAUGGACGAUAGGAUGGAUGAAAACCAAGAUUGUGAUCACGAAACGCAAAAAGAUAUGGGCAAAGGGGAAAGAGAACCGGAAGAGAAACUGCCGAAAAACUCAGAAACUACGACCCAGAAAAUUCCGUCGUAUCGAGAAUCUCUAAUGGGUUUCAAUGGAGUUGCAAUUGGAUCUAGUGUAAUGGAGGAAGAUGACCUUCUUAAAGGAGAUGAUGACUUUUACUGGAAAAUGCCAGAGCCCUCAGAGGAAGUUAAUAAACUUAUGGAAAUCUACCCGGUUGUGCCAGCCACACAAGAUGAGUUCAAUGAGUGGUGUGAACUAUGGAAUCACUCUAUGAUUCUGACUAUUCUGGGCAAGAGAUUUAAUCUAUACUGGUUGAAAGAAUUCUUCAAGAAGGCGUGGGGAUUCUCAAGUUUUGAAUUGAUCGAUCUGCCAAAAAACUAUUUCCUAGCUCGUUUUACAGAUACAAAACAGUGGAGAAACCAUUACAGGAAAGUCUUAUGUGAGGGGCCGUGGAUCGUCGGUCAACAUUGCGUGUUAGUGCAACGAUGGAAUCCUUACUUUAAUCCUUACCAGAACCCGCUGGGGCGAGUGGCAACAUGGAUUAGAAUUCCAGAUAUUCCAAUGCAUUGCUAUAAUCACCAUUUUAUAUCGAGAUUGGGGGAUAGGAUAGGAAGAACUCUGAAAGUGGAUCUCAAGACCCUCGAAGAUUUCAGCACCAGAAAUGCUAGAGUUGAACGAGGCAGAUUUGCAAGGAUUUGUGUGGAAUUAAACUUGUAG